GACGUCUUUCACUGCUACACCUGGUCGAGAGAGUUUGUAGAAAAAGAGAUAGAGAAAAAUGAACUAGUAGGUGCAUUUGACUGGAAAUUUACACUUAUAACUCUGUUUGUCAAAUUUACGCCAGAAGGAAAAAUGGCCUCUACAUCGGACUCGGGCAAACCUUCGGGUUCAAACGUGGAAAAAGACAGAGUACGUUUGUGUGACGAGUUUGCUGCGAUAGCGGGAACUGACAGCGCCGUGGCUCAGUGCUACCUGUCUGAAAACGACUGGGAGAUGGAGAGGGCUUUGAACUCAUUCUUCGAGGCAGACAUGGAACGAGUGUUUGAAGAUGAUUUACCAGAGGUGGAUAACAGCCCCAAAACCAAGAGGCAGAAGGUCGAGGAACCCCCCCCUGAAAACUGCAUAGAUUUGACUGGAGACAGUCCUGCCACUUCCAAGAAACCCCCAGAGGAAGAAGACAGCAAGCUGUCCCUGAUCUCCUGGAACGUGGACGGCCUCGACACGGACAACCUCGCAGAGCGUGCCAGGGGCUUGUGUUCCUAUUUAGUACUAUACACUCCAGAUGUGGUGUUCCUUCAGGAGCUUAUUCCCCCUUAUGUUCAGUACUUAAAGAAACGGGCUGUUAGCUACCUCAUCAUUGAAGGGGGCGAAGAGGGUUACUUCACAGGGAUGAUGCUGAAGAAGUCCCGAGUCAAAUUCCUGGAGAGCGAGGUGGUGACGUACCCCACCACACAGAUGAUGAGGAAUCUGCUGGUGGCUCAGGUGAGUUUCAGAGGUCAGAAGCUGUGUCUGAUGACGUCGCACCUGGAAAGCUGUAAGGGCCACGCACAGGAGCGGAUGAAACAGCUGCGGCUGCUGAUGCAGAGGAUCAGAGAGGCUCCCGAUGAUGUCACCGUCCUCUUCGGAGGGGACACAAACCUGAGGGACAGCGAGGUGGCCAAAGUGGGCCUGCCGUCGGGCGUGUGCGACGUGUGGGAGCGACUGGGCCGGCAGGAGCACUGCCGCUACACCUGGGACACCAAAGCCAACAACAACAAGACGGUGCCCUUCGUCAGCCGCUGCCGGUUCGACCGUGUGUACUUCCGUCCGGCCACAAAAGAUGGAGUCACCCGGCUGGCCCCGGAUCACAUGGCUCUGGUGGGCCUGGAGAAGCUGGACUGUGGCCGUUACACCAGCGAUCACUGGGGAAUUUACUGCAGCUUCACUGCUGAAUAGAAACAAAACAAGCAGAGCUACCCCAGUAACAAACUCUGUUUCAGAUUGGUCUGUUUUUGUGUUUGGUCUGGGUUUGGUUUGGACCACUGAGGGACUUUCUCUAUGAGAGACGUUCUAACCUCAGCUGAGAUUUCUCUGUAAAUAUGUAUAUUUUUAUUUCAUUAUUAUUCUUCAGUGCCUAUUUUAACAGGUUAUUAAAGUGCAGCACUAAUAAAUGAAAAACCUUAAAUCAAUAUUUCGAUCAUGGGUGCUAUGUGUAGUGUUGGUAUCUACCCACUAGAGGGCAGUAUACAUUUAAAUAGCUG